GAUCGGGUACCCUCUACGCUCUGAACACUCUCAAUUCCACAUCCAUGUCUUGGGGAGCCAAGUUGUGAUUCCAAGUAUUGCUCACCGUGCCAUGUCGGUGCACAAUGGCUACUGUUAACGAGGCAGACAAGUUUGGGUCCUGGGUAACGCCGAAGGCCAUAGAACCGAGACCUUCAAAUUCCUACACCCUUCAUUAAAACCCUAAUUGUGCUCAGCUGGGCUGUGCACGAGGAAGGAGGCACUGCGCAGACUUGCUUGGCAGGAGCGAAACCCAAUCUCUGCCCUGUUCUCUGACCAAGUGAAAUUCUUCUGCUUCUGUGGGGAUCUCUUCGGACCCUGAAUCGAUCGUCUCCGUCAGCAGGGUUUUGGAGACGAAACCUCGACGGAGGGUGGAAUUCAGAAUCUCGUCAUCGGACGUGGCGAAACUGCCAGGUUCAGUGGCUGGGCACAAUUUCAGAUCCCAUUGACGAAGAGGAUCUUCCAUCAAUUACGAGUUGUGUCGCCUGAGGGUCCAAAAUGGGGAAAGUGUCGGGAACUGUCGUGGGAAGCAAGGUCGCGGCACUCACAGCGGAAACCAUCUACAAUGUGGCGCACAGGCUCACUCUCGUGCAGGCAGAUUCUUCGAGCUUAGAGCAAUUAGCUCAAAAAGCUCCAAAGGUUGUCACAAUCAUCCCCGAUCCUUGGCCAUGGAAUGCACAUGGAGAGAUGCUCGAGUUGUUUCCCGACAGGAAGAUGUCCGAUGUGGAAGAAAGAGCUACACUGGUCGUCCUACUGCACAAAUUAUUGAUCGGCCAGCCCGGCAUUAGGCCCUUCCUUCCUCUAUUUCUGAGCGAAGUUCUCAGGUUAGGAAUCUCUCUGGAGCUACCGGUGGAAACUGACGAUUCUUCUGUGCUCUUAGCUGUGGCCGGAAGCAUUUACAGAGUUAAGGCGCAUCUUGAGGUGCUCGGUGAAUGUGCAGUGAAGGACGAACCUGAAGACGGACCAGCUGAGAUUUCGGGCAUUGGACAAUUGACGGACACAGUUGUUCUAAGCAGAUUGAGGUCAAGCCUUCAAAAGUUCGGGACAGGAGAUUUCGGAGUCACUAAAGAGGAAUUGGCUGCUAUCGAAAGCUCGUCAGCUGCCUCAGUGGGAAUUGCUGCUGUAGCUUACUACAGCCUUACUUCGCUAACAUCUCUUGCAGAUGCGGUUGCCGGGAUGUCCUGUGAAGCCCUUCUAGCCAAUACAGAGAGUUUCGAAUCGGAGAGUUUCAAGCAAGCUUUUGUUCACAAGUCGGAAGCUGACGUUGCGAGUGAUCUGAUGUCCAUUCUGUUCAAUUCGAAGUUAGUGAACCCAAGGAAAGGAGGGGUUGAUGCGGAGUUUGUUCACAACAUCCCCGCCGCACAUGGCGUACUUAGGGAAUCUGUCAAGUCUUUUGCUCCUCGAUUGAGAAUCGAGAUGAACAGGGUGGAAAUCAAGGGCAAGAAGAAAGCAGUGGAGAAGUCAUCAACCACCGGAUCGUCUUCGCCAUCGUAUCUGUUUACAACUAGUUUGAUGUCGUUAAUCAUGAGUCUCUGGCCGAACAUGUAUGAUAGUCAAAAGCGCACGAACAAGAUUCUUGAAUUUCUCCGUGAGGAUAAUAAGAAACUAGCUGCCGGUUGGGAACCUGAGGAAUUUGAGUUAUUAUUUUAUACAAUGCAGUGGGAGAUGCGUAUGGCUGAAUGGAUGGACUCUACUGGUCGCGAAAAUUUUGAAGUGCGCAUUUCCAGAGAAUGCUCUUCUCUCGUGGAAACGUGGAAGAAAUUGAUGAGAAUGGAACUCACUGUAGCACUCGCAGCGAUCUCGAUUAGGGAAGUUCUGACUGUUGGAAAAGUAUCAUUGCAGGAUGCUGCUAAAGAGAAAUUGCCUCAGGUAACUGAAUCGUCUGGAAAUGAGGUGACACAUGGAAAUGCAAAGGGUGGUCCUGGAGGAAAAGGUUCGAAGGCCAAGGAUGGGGCUAAUAAUCGAAAGAAGGAAUUUGUUCUGGGAAAGGGUACAGAUAUGGUGCGGCGUUAUCUUAGUGAUUACUUGACCGGGAGUGCGACUAGAGAUUCAGUCGAUUCUCAGACUAUUCUCGUAUGGUAUCAGGAGUUAGAGAAGUUUUCGAAUCCUUCUUUACCAGAACUGAAGACCCUAGUCAGUGAGGUUAAAAAGGUUGUGGAGAGCAAUGAAGUCAGACGACUUCCAAAACCUCCGAAGGGAACCAGGGACUUCACACCUGAACAGAUGGCCAUAAGGGAAAGGGCUUUCGGUAUCAUCGCAUCCGUCUUCAAGCGCCAUGGUGCAUGUGCACUCGAUACACCAGUGUUCGAGCUGAGGGAAGCUUUGAUGGGCAAGUAUGGUGAAGAUACCAAGCUCAUCUAUGAUCUCGCUGAUCAGGGUGGUGAAAUUCUGUCACUGCGCUACGAUCUUACUGUUCCAUUCGCACGUUAUUUGGCCACGAAUAAGAUUGAAAACUUGAAGAGAUACCACAUUGCAAGAGUAUACAGACGUGACAAUCCAUCAAAGGGUCGAUACAGAGAGUUUUACCAAUGCGAUUUCGACAUAGCAGGGUCUCAGUACGCUCCCAUGGUCCCAGAUUUUGAAGUUUUAAAAGUAUUGACGGAGCUGCUUGACGAAUUAGAUAUCGGUGAUUACGAGGUGAAGCUGAAUCAUCGAAAGUUUCUCGAUGGAAUGUUGGAGAUUUGCGGCGUGCCACAGAGUAAAUUCAGAAGCAUAUGUUCCGCAAUCGAUAAGCUUGACAAGGAGCCCUGGGAGAAAGUGCGGAAAGAAAUGGUGGAGGUGAAAGGAUUGACAGCCGAGGUAGCUGACAAGAUCGGAACCUUAGUGCAACAGCGCGGCAGUCCGUUGGUUUUGCUAGAGGAGCUGAAGAAGGAGGGUAGCCCAUUCUUAGAGAAUAAGGGUUCUGUAGCCGCUAUGGAAGAACUAAGUACUCUCUUCAAAUACCUCGAAGCAUCUAAAUGCAUCCAUCGAGUAGUAUUCGACCUUAGUUUGGCCCGUGGCCUGGACUAUUACACGGGCGUCAUCUACGAGGCAGUUUUCAAGGGCACCACUGAGGUAGGAUCUAUCGCAGCAGGUGGACGGUAUGAUAACUUGGUAGGGAUGUUCAGUGGCAAGCAAGUGCCGGCUGUCGGCGUCAGUUUGGGCAUUGAACGUGUUUUUAACAUCAUGGAGGAACAAGAAAAGUCUCGCAAGAGGGUUCUUCGAACAAACCAAACAGAAGUUAUGGUGCUGGUGUUGGGGAAGGACUUGGCAGAAGUAGCCAUUCAACUUGUAUCGGACCUGUGGGCAGCUAAAUUGAAGGCAGAGUUUGCGUGUGUCGCUGGAGGAAAGAUGACCAGAGAAAUUACGAACGCCGUUAAUGCAGGCAUUCCAUGGAUGGUUAUUGCUGGUGAGAAUGAACUCAAAGAAGGGAAUGUGCAGUUGAAAAACCUCAUAGCCAGUGAGCAAACCACCAUCCCCAGGGAACGGAUGGUGGCAGAGCUUCAAAGACAUAUUGGGACUAAGUAGAACUACCGACAGUUGCUCAGUAAAUCUUCCUCAUGCUACACUGCCUCGAGUAUUUGUGAGCCAGGUGUUGACCUGCAUUGCAUCUUCUGGGCCAAGAAUCUACGAAACCUUUGCAAAAUUCUAGCAGCAGUAAAGGUCAAUGAUGGAUACCUGUGGAGCGUCCCCAGGGCGUUACCUCUUCCUUUGAAGCUCAUGACUUAGCCGAGUCUACCUCUUGAUCACCUGUUCAAGGCAUGGAAAAGGUUUUGAGCAUGAGGACAAAUCACUAGCUGAAAUGGCGAGGGAAGCGUCUUAACACACUGUCUAUAUAGGCAGGCUACCUGGCUGGCCAUGCAGGAACAACACCAAGAGAGCUCCAUGGGUCUCCAAGGACGAUAGGAGGGAAGGGCAGCACAAUACCUCUGUUUACUUCAACCCGUCGCUUCGUAGCUAGAUUGAAGCCUGAAGUGUCGGUGUAGUAACUGCCUGUACUUCACCACCGCUCACCAGUACACCUCUAGAUCGAUUUGUACUCGAGUCCCUAUGACAGUCCAGGAAGAUUGGUCUAGAUCUUAUGGUUUGACGAGAUGACAGCAUUCUCCGUUGUCAAUGCCGUAUAGACGACGUGUACAACGGAGUAUUAACAUGUUACUCUCCAUUGAUUAGAAGGCCAGAACACCACAUACACAGGACCGUAGCUGCUCGAAGUCUGUAGUCAGCAUCUACCGUCCUGAGUUGUCAACUUGACCAUAUUUCCUAGUUUCCAUUGCAGCUGGGGACUCGGGUUAGAAUUGGACAAGCACCCGCCGGGCGAUAGUUCAUUCGCGGUGCAGGCUUUAUUCAAAGCAGAUUAUUUACCUUGAGAUUGACUUUCGGGGAAACGUCACCCACUUGAGCAAUUUUGUAGCUCGAAUAAAUUGAGAUCAGGAGCUCGAGUUUUUCAUUCUUUUCAAGAGGUGGACGUGAUGAGAAAAACUUGGAAUGACAUACGUGAAUACAUGUAAGCUUGAGAACAAGAGUGCUGUUACUCAGACCUUAAUAUCGAGUUUAUGCGGUCAAGCUUGUGAUUUACCGCACUAUGGAUGUGGGUUUUGUUGCCGAAUGUAGUGGUAUUGACAAUUACAUCUCUAUUGUUACAAGGAUGUCACUGUUAAAUGUUGUGGCCAAGUGGAGACCAUGAAUAGGGAAGGGGUUGACG